GAAGAGUCCUGCCGCGCUCCGCUUGCACACGUCCUUUCUUCGCUGUCCAGGCUCCGCAGCCGACGACUCGAAUCUUCUCGUUACCACAGUCAACUUUAACGGUCAACGACACGUCAUGGCUGAUAGGUCAAGGAAGAGCAGCGUGUCCUCGAAAUCCUCGAAAUCCUCCAAGUCAUCCGCGUCAGCGAAGUCUAGCUCGGCCAAAUCCAAGGACAGCGGCGAGGAUGCGAAGCAAAAGUCCCGCAAGGUUUCACUCACCGAAAUACUCGCCACCAGGACCAGGACCAGUGCGGUUUCAUCGACGGCACAGAGGUAUGAGGUACCUACGGUAUCCAGGCUUUCAACACGACGACUGUCAAAGAGAACCUUCAGCAUAGAUAAGAUCGGCGAACCUACCACCCCGAAGCCAGCGAGAACCGUGACUAAAUGCAAGGUCAUCAUGCUGCUCGUUGUCCUCGCGCUGUUGCUGGUGCUUGUCGGCGUGUUCCUGGUAGCCUAUCUCUAUACGACCGAGACUACGCGAACGAAGGUGGAGAUUUGCGCCACCGACGACUGCGCUGCCUUUGGCCGUGAACUGAGCUUAGCCAUCAACAAGGCGGUAGACCCAUGUCACGACUUCCACGCCUACGUGUGCGGCAGCUGGGACGACCCCGCUCGUCGGGACUCGACCGAAGAUCGGAUGAGGGCUGCAGCCUUAGAUAUGGCGCUCGACGAGGUCACAGACAGCUCGUCGCAAGCCGGAAAGGCGGCGCAGUUCUUCGACAGCUGUAACAGGGCCGCCGCGGACGUAAAAAACAACCUGAGACAGUUCGCGGAGUUCCAACGCUCCCUCGGUAUGACCUGGCCCGAUCGUAGUAUACCAAAGGGGCAGCAUCCGCUCGACCUAAUGAUCAACUUGGCGCUGAACUGGCAGAUGAACUUCCUCUUCGACAUGAAUGUUAUCGUCGUUCGAGAAUCCGCUACGUUGCUUGUCUCGCGCGGUCACCUGGACGCCGUUUGGGAGCAGGACAUGCGCGAUCCCAGGACACUUCCCAAAUAUGAGAUUUACUUGAACGAUUACUACGAAAUACUCGGCGUCAAUAGCUCACAAGCUAGAAUCGGAACGGUCGAGUUAAUUCAAAUUGAGAAGGACAUUGUGGACGCCAAGGUUCAGUUCCUCUACGACGCCCCUCAACAAGACUGGUUCAAGGUAAGCGCCCUCAAUGACAAAACACCCGCUGUACCGGCAGGCCUCUGGCUAAAUCUUCUGAAAAAGCACGACAAACAGUUCGACUGGACCGGUGACCACACAGUGAUCGUCGAGGACGUAAGGAUCCUAGAGACCAUAGACAAGUUACUGCAGAACUUCACCCACGAAAAGUUGAUCAUCGGGCUGUCGUGGAUAUUUAUUCAGACCCAUCUGUGGGCUGUUAUUGGCGUGCCAUCCAUCAGAUUCCGCGGCACGUACUCCGAGCUGAAGACAAUGCAGGAGCGCGGCUGCAUGACGUACGUCGAAUCCCUGCUGGGUCUGUACAGCACAUCGAAGAUGAUGGCCGAGCGCUACGGCGACGCUGCAAGUCGGCUGCAUGUCAACAGCUUAAUGCACAGAAUGAACGACAACGUCAAGCGGCUCGUGAAAAACCUGACAUGGAUGGACGACGAGAGUAAGCGAGUGGCCUUUCUAAAGCUUGACAGAAUGACCCGCGUCUUAAUGCCGGCUGACAGCUUCUUCAACAAAAAGGAACGCGCCUCGCUGUACAGCGUAUUUCCGGACAUGAGCGGCAAGACUUUCAUGACGAACCUGUUGGCCGCUUCUGAAGUGUAUCGCCGACUCCGCAACCACAAACGUUUCGCGGAUGUGUACAGUGUUCGCAUGUUUCCCCGGUUCGGCCGUGAGUUGUACUUGUACAUGCCGAACACGAUGACAAUCGCGAUCGGCGACCUGAAUCCGCCGCUGUUUUACCGCAACGCAACGCUGGCCAUCCAAUACGGCGCACUGGGCUCCCUCAUCGGUCGCCAGAUGGCCAAGCCGUUAGAUGAAAUCGGCAUCACGGUGGACGCUGCCGGCGUGCGCGGCCAGUGGCUGCAGCCCGCUGCGGCCGCAGUGCACGCCGGUAAGGCCAACUGCGACGUCCGUCCGACCACGGACGGCACCCGGUGGCGGCCGCUGCGCGUGUUCCCCGCCGUGGUCGGCCUGGAGAUUGCGUACGCGAGCUACAUCGCGGCGUUAAAGGUCGACUUCCGCUCGGUGGAAGACUUCCGGGUCACUCACCUUGAAGAGUUCCAGGACUAUAAGGUGUUUUUCCUCGCGUUCUGCUAUUCGCUGUGCUCCAAGCGGCCGCAGGCCAUGGGCGACGCGUGCAACGUUCCGGUCAAGAACUCGCCGCAAUUUGCAAAAGCUUUUCGUUGCCCGUUGAAUUCACCAAUGAAUCCGCCUAAGAAGUGCACAUUUCUUUUUGACGAGUGACCAACUUUAGCACAUUAUUUCGCUGUCGUCAUUGCGUGCGCUGGUGAUUCCUCACUUUUGUGAGACGGUGGCCCAUAAACAACUACCGUAAGCGCAGCUGUGAAUCGUCGCAGGCAAUAUUAAACGCGCGCCUUAUGGCAAAAAAUGAGUCAACAUGUCUU